AACAAGUCCGGACAUCUCAGCGGACCGAUGCAGGUCCGCCUUGGAUGGCUUCCGCGGUCUGAACCGAUGUAGGUUGUUCUCAGUGUUUUCAGGAAGAAAACUUCCCAGUGUUUUUUCUUAGAAGAUUUUGUUUCUCAGUGGAACGUACAAGGCUGGGCUUGGAUGGGCCAACGUUACAUCUUAGAUGGCACCUGCGUACAACAUCAGCGUUAAUCUCAAAAAAAGAAAAAAUAACUCAGCGUUCCUACACUCAGCUGCCUGCUUCCCAUUGUCUAAAAACUGAAAACUGCCGUACCCCCGAGUCUCUCCACUCUCAGCAGCGGACGGACCGGAGAAAGAAGGAUCGGAGCCAUCGGCGACCUCACCGUGCCCCGUCCCCGUCCGCGUCCCCGGAGAUCCGAUCCUGCAGUGCAGAGAGAGAGAGAGAGAGAGGAGAGGGUACCGCUGAUGGAUCCCGCUGCUGAGACUCCCCAAGGCCAAGGGGCCGAUACCUUUCCCACGCGUGUGGACGGCAGUAGGCUGCGCUGUUCUGUGCCGCUGGCCGACCCAGUGUCCGAGGUGCUUGCCGACGACAACCUCCUCAUCGAGAUCCUCGUCCGCCUCCCUCCGAAGCCGUCCUCGCUCUCCCGUGCGUCCGCCGUAUCCAAGCGCUGGGGCAGCAUCCUCUACGACCCCCAGUUCCGCAAAUCCUUCCUCAAGCACCACCGGAUGCCUCCUCUGCUAGGCUUCUUCAGAGGGUAUGCUAAAAGCUUCAUUCCUGCCAUGGACUCGCCUGACCGCAUCCCUGCUGCCCGCUUCUCCCUACCCAAGAGCACCAGAUCCUACCACACCGAUGAAGCAUACAUGGGCUGCCGCCACGGUCUCUCUGUCCUAAUUGACAGGAAUAAGCAUGAGACCGUCGUGUGGGAUCCCCUCACCGGCAAAGAGCACAUCGUGUCUUUUCCACCAGGAUUCCACUCUAUGAGGACAAACUCAGCCUGGCAUGGCGCUGUACUGUGCGUUGAUGCCAAAGAUGGGCACGUCCAUGGAGAUUGCUUCUCAAGCCCAUUUAAAUUGGUUUUGGUCAGUGAUGGAUUCAGUACACAGGCAUCUUGUUCUCUCUAUGACUCAGCGUCUAGCGUUUGGGGAAAUAUUUUCUCGGUGACCAUAGCAAAUAGGAUUUCUGCGACAAGCCGCAGCAUCCUUGUCGGGAAUACACUUUGCUGGUUGAUUUGUGGUGGUGAAGUUCUUGUGUUUGAUUUCGAAAUGCAAAGUCUUGUUGUGAUCAAGACACCGGUGGAAAACCAUGUUACCAACGACCGGUGUUUUCAGCUCUUGCGGAUGGCCGAUGGUGGCCUUGGCCUUGCUGGUUUGUUGGACCUGAACAUCCAUUUAUGGGAUAGGAAAUCUAACUGUGAAGGCAUUGGCGAAUGGGUGUUGCUGCGGAAAACCAUUCCACUGGAUGAGAUGCUUCCAAGGAGAAUAAGUUAUGCAUUUUUUGUUGGGUAUGAUGAGGAGUCAAAUUUGGUUGUUCUCUCCACGAUGAUUGGCAACUUCACGCUCCAAAUUGACUCGAUGCAGAUCAAACAUAUUGUUAAAAGAAACCAGAUAUGUCAUGACACCUUUCAUCCCUACAGGAAUUUCUAUGCUGCAGGCAGCGGAUUUGGGAGGAAAGGGACAGAUCUGGCCGGAACUUUGAACACACCUGAUAUUCUAACGUGCUAUCUUUGUCAAACAACUUAGGUAUCCAGAGUUAAAUUCGGGUUGUUGAGAUGCGGACAUGGCUAUUUGGUGUAAGGAAGUUGUUCCAUUUUGUAUGGUGUGGUUGAUGCUCAAAGUGUCCUACUAUGCAGUCUGCAGAUUGUUCCAUUGUGUACGCCGCGGAUGUGUUGUGGUCGACGCUUGUUCUACAUUUAUGUAUUGUGGCCUGUGAAGUUGAAUUUGUUGGAUUUAAUCAUGUGGACUCUUUUAUACUACUCCCUCUGUAAACUAAUAUAAGAGCGUUUAGAUCACUAUUUUAGUAUUCUAAAUGCUCUUAUAUUAGUUUACGGAGGGAGUAUUAUCUAAUGUCCACAUGCAUGCCUGGUUACUGGUUAGUGUCUCGUGGAGUUGCUCUGGUUAAAUGAUUGGUUCUGUGAUGUGAGAACUUACUGGAAAGAUGAACAUUUAAUCCUCCUUUUCUAAAAAAAUACUAGAAAGAUGAACAAAGAAUAGUAAGCUCUAGCACUUUACACUGUUUCUUGGUAUCCAUAGUUGA